CUGUUUUCACCACACAGCAAACAGUUUGUAAGCUGCCUGUCUUAAUUAUUCUCACUGAGAUCUUUUCGUCAAAUCCUUCAAAACUCUCAAAAUGGAUUGCACUCCAGACUUGGAUCUUAUCUUAAUUGGUAAAACCGGUAACGGAAAAAGCGCAACAGGAAAUUCUAUUCUUAAACGUCGCGGCGUAUUUAAAAGCAACUAUAAUACAACAUCCAUUACAAAAUUUCCGCAAUACGAAGUGACCAAAUUUAAUGGCAGGGUCAUCCAAGUUGUUGAUUGUCCCGGAGUUCUUGACACAGAUAUCGACCAGACCGGAGGGAUCGACUUAGUUAAGCGGGCUUUACAAAACGCUGUCAUAGCCAAUCCGCAAGGCUAUCACGCUUUUCUAAUCGUGGUGAAGUUUGCACAACGGUUUACGAAAGAAGAGCAGGACUCAAUUAGAAUUCUGAAAGAAAUCUUGGGAAAAGACGUCCUUAAAACACAUGGCAUUAUCGUCAUGUGUAACGGUGACACGUUUGAAAACAAUUGCACAGAGAACGGUAUCACUCUUGAGCAAUUUUGCAAAGAGCAGACUGGUGCAUUUAAAGAGCUUCUCAAGGAAUGCAAUUACAGAAUAGUUGUUUUCAGUAAUAUCACAACGGAUGAAACUGUAAAAAAUAAACAGUUGAAUGAGCUUAUUAAACACAUCGAUCAACUUGGUAAUAAUGAUCUAAGAUACACAAAUGAGCACUUCUUGCGUGCAAGUAAAAAAUACAAGCAGUUGGCAGGACAAUCUGAUACGCCAUUUAUAGAGAAAAAUAUGUUAAUUGCUCAAAGCUUAAUCCUACUUGAAUUGAAAGGGUACACCACUUUUAAAACGACGGAAGAAAAAAUUAAAUGUUUAACCAUGCUUCAUGCAAGCAGCACCAAGUUAUAUCAAGACAUUAAAGAAAAAGACAAAGGCACGGGUAUCUUACAGAAGUUAAUUGAUCAUGUAAAACUUACACAAACAACUAUUAGCAAAAAAUUAAAUGCUUUAAAUGCAUUUGAUGUCAAAGCUGCCGAACCAUUGAGACAAAACUACCCACCUAAAUCAACAUUGGAAAACAAAGCUGAUACGCUUCACCAGUUUAAUGAAGACGAAAAAACAUGGAAUGAAAAAAAGACACACUUUAGCCAAACAAACGCAUCAGGAAAUCCCGCAAGACAAAGCAAAUCAAUUGAUAAUGGUUGUGAAGGGGGAAUCACAGAGCUAGAUCCGGAAAUAGAAGAAUUAUGUAAGCAGUUUGAAGAAAUAAAAAGAGAAGCUGAUACAAGCAUGUUUGGUAUGCUGCUUAACUUCAUUAAAAAGAAAGCUGCUACAAUUUUUGAUAUUGUCAAAAAAGGUUUUCAGACCAGUGGCGGAACUGCAGUGCCGCAAACUCCAAUCAGGCGGGGGUCCCAGGGAGUUCAUGUGAAAUGAAUUUGAAAAUAAAAUUCAGUAUAAUGUUUUUUAUCGUGCGCCUUGAUAGUAUUUUUUCUCAAACAUAUUGUACAGUUUGAUAGUUAUUCUAAUUUUACACGAAUUGUGGGUGAGAAAGAGGCAAACAUUAAAUGUACUUGAACGACAUAUUGCUCUUUAUUAAAUACUUUAAUAUAUGAGUUCUAAACACUAGUUUAAAUUGUCAUAUAGCGGCCCAUAACGAUCCUUUAAAAAGCUGGAUGGGUUGCAUUACACUCUAUCAAAUAAUUGUAAUUUUUUAAUUGAAUAAUUGAAUUUUAAAAAUUAUAAACAUGUUAUUAUUUAUAGUAAUUUCGCUAAAACAAUAUUGUAAACAUACUUUCAUUUGUGUUUUGUUUUCCUUUGUUUUAGUGUGUGCAUUGUAAAUAAAUGUAGUAUUAUUUUAAUAAACAUCUUAUUAUCUACUAAACAUAUUUGAAUUUUAGUAUACUUUCAUUAUGAUAAUUCAGGGUUGCAGUUCGUUAAUCUGUUUUACAAAUUGUUUGUUGUUUAUUUUAAAUUAAAUCUGAAUAGGCAAAUUUACACUUCCGUUAAUGUACAUUUAAUAGAAAACAUUCU